ACAGGGUCUUACAGUGUAGCUCAGGCUGGCUUAGAACUCGGAUUCUAGCAUUACAGGCCAGCAUUCCUGGCUUGGGAGUUUGCUUGAGACCGGGGCUCCUGUAGUCCAAGCUGGCCUCGAAUUCCUGAUCCUCCCGCCUUCACCUCCCAAGAGCUGAGUGUCAGGAGUGAGCCACCAUGCCUAGCUUAGAGAUAUUUUUUUUUCCCAGAAUCAAUUUCCUUUUUUAAAAAAAUUACAUGUAUGUAUUGGAGGAGGGGUAUUGCCCUGGUAUGCAUGUGGAGGUCAGAUGACAAGUUGGCGAGAGUUGGUUCUUUCCUUCCACCGUGUGAGGCCCAGGAAUCCAAACUCAGAUUGUCACCUGCAAGCACCUUCACCUGCUGAGUCACCAUGCUGGCCCUUGAUAAUCUGUUUUGAAGAGAGAAGUAUAAAUGUCAGAUCAUUUAACUGAUAAUUGUUGAAUUCUGACACUUCCUUCUUGUGCCAGCAUCUUCAUUCGGUAAAGUUCAGAGAAAGCAGAAGAUACAGCCAUCACCUUUGCUAUGGCUAUACCAAUUACAGUGCUUGACUGUGAUCUCUUGCUGUAUGGCCGAGGUCACCGGACAUUGGACCGGUUUAAGCUGGAUGAUGUGACAGAUGACUACUUGAUGUCCAUGUACGGAUUUCCUCGACAGUUCAUUUAUUACUUGGUGGAGCUCUUGGGGGCAAGUCUUUGUCGACCUACUCAGAGAUCCAGGGCUAUUGGCCCAGAGACACAAAUCCUUGCAGCACUGGGCUUCUAUACCUCUGGUUCCUUUCAGACUCGGAUGGGAGAUGCGAUAGGGAUCAGUCAAGCCUCUAUGAGUCGUUGUGUUGCCAAUGUCACUGAAGCACUUGUGGAACGGGCCUCACAGUUCAUUCACUUUCCAGCUGAUGAAGCUUCUGUGCAGUCUCUAAAGGAUGAAUUCUAUGGGUUAGCAGGGAUGCCAGGGGUGAUAGGAGUGGUUGACUGUAUCCAUGUGGCAAUCAAGGCACCAAAUGCUGAAGAUCUUUCUUAUGUAAACCGCAAAGGUCUGCAUUCUUUAAACUGUCUGGUGGUAUGUGACAUCAGAGGGGCACUAAUGACUGUGGAGACAAACUGGCCAGGCAGCCUACAAGACUAUGCUGUGCUGCAGCAGUCUUCUCUAAGCAGUCGGUUUGAGGCUGGAAUGCACAAAGACAGCUGGCUUCUAGGUGACAGUUCUUUCUUUCUGCGUUCCUGGCUCAUGACUCCACUUCCUAUUCCUGAAAUUCCAGCAGAAUAUCGCUAUAACAGAGCCCAUUCUACAACUCACAGUGUGAUCAAGAAGACUUUGCGCACCCUCUGCUCCCGUUUCCGCUGCCUGGAUGGAUCAAAGGGAGCACUGCAAUACUCACCAGAGAAGUCCAGCCAUAUCAUCUUGGCAUGUUGUGUCCUCCACAACAUUUCCCUGGAGCACGGGAUGGAUGUUUGGUCCUCUCCAGUGACUGGACCCAUGGAACAGCCCCCUGAGGAGGACUAUGAGCAAAUGGAGUCCCUGGACUUAGAGGCUGACCGCACCCGGCAAGAGCUGGUGCUCACUCAUUUUACCUAGUAUGGAAGGUGGAGGAGGAGGGAGACUUUCCCCCUCACCAGCCCAGUGCAGUUCUGUCAUCCAGCGUGACUGAGUGUGCACACUUGUCAUAGUUGGUAUUUGAUCUGUUUUAGAAGGGUGGACUUACGCUAGCCCUUGCAAAUAUGUCAACCCAAACCAAGACAGUGUUUCCCUCAUAUGCAAUGAACACCAGGCUGUGUACUACUCAUUCGAAAGUUCCCUUGUCACCAACAGCAAAAUCAUAGUAAAGAAAAAACAGCAUAUAACCAAACUUUUUAAUUUUUGCUUCAAUUAUCAGGAAAUUUCAAAUGAAAAGUUUUUGUUUAUACUGA